GGCCAGUGUCCCGGGCAGCGCCACACCAACAGCACAUAAACCAACCGUAGCAGCGCACACCGCCCCUUCAGGGGGAUCUCGCCCCUUUUUGACUUGCUCGAGCGCCUCGAAUAUAUACAUCUAUAUUGCCUUGUUCUUUUCCUGAGUGUGUGUGAGUGCCUGCCAGCUCUCUCCCCCCUCCUCCUCCUCCUCCUGCCACAGGACGGCAACAACUUUGAGUGAUAAUUGUGCUUCGGAAAAUAUAAUGGAAAUCAUGCAGCAGAGUGCCAACCACCUGGACGGUCGCUGGAGGUCUCAUCUGCUUCCCUAUAGUGGUCAUGCACUCUCCUCCAUCCCAAACCUUCACAGUCACAUCAGACAACAGAUGAUCUCUCAACAGCCUGAUCCCCAACAACAGCAGCAGCAGCUUCCCCACCUCCAACACAGCAGCGGUUCCCCAAGCGAACAUCUGCAACAGCAUCAGUUGCACCAGUCACCAUCACAGCAGCAACAGCAACAACAACAGCAACAGAUGAGACAAAUGUCAUCGCAAAUGCAACAAAGACAAGUGAUAGUAGAGCAUCAGCAAAGACGUGAUCAUUCUUCCUCCUCCUCGACCUCCUCUUCUUCUUCUUCCUCCUCCUCCUCAUCCUCCUCCUCGCUUUCCCCGACGAAAGACCCACACCAACAACACCACCACCAGCAACACCACUCUUUGGGGUCCGGUGGAAGUAAAACGAUAAAUGCGAAUAGUCUGCCGUCGCCGUCUCUCCAUUUGAAUUCAUUAACACUCCAAAGUUCGCCGUCCUCAGCAUCUCCUUCCACCCCGUCGACGCCCUCGCCUCCCACGCCUUCGCCAGGAAAGAGUGGUGGGAAAGAUGGAGAAGAGAAAAAGGGGGAAGAGUGGGAACAGUACAAUGCUGGGGCGGCCUUUCUAGGACCAACCCUAUGGGACAAGACGCUGUCCUACGACGCCGAUCUCAAGGUCUCCCUAGAGUAUAUGGACCUAGAUGAGUUUUUGAACGAAAACGGCAUCCCCAUUGAGGACAGCAAGCGCGCCGGCGCCAACGCCACCACAGGUGGCGUGAACGGGAGCGCCGUUGGCGGGCUACCCAGUGGCACCAACAGCAGCGGCCUGAGGGCAGCACAAUCCCCGGGCCCCUCCUCCCCGGAGACCUCAUCCCCGCAGAUGGGCUCCGGCAUGGGAGCCUGCCCCCAGGGUGCCGGCGUGUCGUCCGGCCUGGGAGCCGCCCCCCCCGCCACCAGUGUUGGAGCCCUAAGCGUCGCUCCCCCAGCUCUUUCCCCUCAGGACUACGGAGGAGACUGUUCCUCCUCCGUCUCCUCGCCAGGCUCACCCGACCCCCACUCCCCCCUUCAGGUCACAGAACCAGUACCUGGGCAGGACUUUGAUCCACGUACCCGCUGCUUCUCAGAGGAAGAGCUGAAACCGCAGCCCAUGAUCAAGAAGAGCCGUAAGCAGUUUGUGCCACCUGAGAUGAAAGAUGAAAAAUAUUGGGCCAGGCGUCGCAAAAACAACUUGGCUGCAAAACGUUCCCGUGAUGCUCGUAGAUUGAAGGAAAAUCAGAUUGCUAUGCGCGCCAAUUACCUUGAGAAAGAGAAUUUGGCUCUUCGAAUUCAAGUUGAUAAAGCAACAAAAGAAGUUGAAUCACUGAAGACCCGUUUGGGCAAGUAUGAAGACGUAGAGGUGAAGACUAUCAUCACCGGUAUUGGGAAAUUUGAGGAGGACAUGAAGACCAACAUAACUGAGCAUACAUCCUCACACUAAACAGAUCGUCUUGCAGAAAGUUUUGUCACUUCCUCGAGAAUACUGGAUUUGGAGCCUGUUUCAAAGUUUUGAGAUGCCAUUUGUUAUGCAGUUUAAUCUGUAUUUAACACUAGCAUAUAUGAAAACCAUUAAAACCAUGAGGUUACUUAAAAUGCUCAAAAGUGCAUCCAUAUGUUUAAUGCACAUUUUUCCCAAGACUCUUAUGUAUGCAUGUUUGAGAUUUGUUAUUGUUUUAGAGUUUUAUAAAAAAAAAUAUUGCUUUAAAUUCUUCAUAUUUUAUUUCAAAAGCUAGAAUUAUGGUGGCACACAAAAGUGAAGAUACUGACUGAAUUUUUUGGAUAUUGAAAGGCAUAAUGAGUACCGACUACCUUUUAUGUAUUUACUUCUGUUAUUUGCAGAGCAUGAUAAGUUAUGGUAUAUGUAUCAGCAGAUAAUUUAAAAAGUUAUUAAUUAGUCACUGCAACACUAUGUGAAUUAGCCAAAUACAUUCGUUAUGUGGAAUUAACUAAAUAUCGUACCUUGCUGUUUCUACUCAUGAAGAGACGUAUUCAUAUUAGUUUAGGCAAACCACUGAACUCAAAGCAUAGCUCUUACAGGCUGAUCCUCCCAAGGAUUUUGUUUUUCUUAUAAAAAGCUACUAUUUUUGAACAUAUGUUAAAAGUGUUUACAGCCUAGGUUGACGACACAAGAAGGGUUUCUUUCUUUGUUUUUGAAGCACAUAAAUAGAACGUUACCUUGAAUAGGGAGUACAAUUUGGGGAUACUGUUGUCAGUUACCUCGCAGGAAUUUUAAGUACAGACUGGUCUGUCUGAUUUUUUAUGAGAGCAAAUGGUGGAGUUAGCUGGGUGUACAAAUCAUAUUUUUCCCAUCACCGUUACUGAAAUAUUAAAGAACAGAGUUAGUCAGUUGGAUCUGUAAGUUAUAUUUUUUGCUAUGGACAACUAAAAGUAUGUCAUCAUAAACAUGUUCCUCAAAUCUAUUUACCUCAUGCAUUAAGCACAAGAUGAAAUCGGUUGAUGGCAAUGUUGGGAAUAUAGGAAAAAUAAAUAUGAUACUGCAUCUUCUCCAUUUAGGUGAUGAAAAUUACCAUCUUGGAAUAGUAAAUAUGAGAAUCACACUCAUCAGCUGGGAGUCCUAAAGGUGGUACAUAAAUUGAAACUUAACAAUAUUAGUUUUGCUAUUGAAAGUGCAAUAUUUGUGAAAAGUUAGACAUGAUAAUCAAAAUUUGGGCUAGCUUUUAACAUUACAGUUAGUUAUGUGGCUAUUAAACAAAAAUAUUUAUGAUAGCAGAAUAUUGAAAUAAACUCUUGAAUUAAUAUUUUACCGCAGGUCAUUUUGUUAUGAUAAUGAUAGCUGUUCCAGGCUUGUUUACACUGCAAUGGACUAAUUGUUAAUUUCAUACUUAUUUCUUCAAUUGUCUCAAGUGCUAAGUGCUGUACACAAACACGAAGGUUUAUCGUCAGAUAUUAAUCAUGCUUUGCCGAGACAAAUUCUUGUUUAAAGUCCGUUCACAACAUUACGGGUCACCGUCCAGUUAUUUCGGUUAAUUUUUUUCCCCUUUUAGUGUAAAUUACACUGUGAGCAGUAAUACUGGAAAACCUCAUGGCAAAGAGUCAUAGUGUUGAAAUGGCAUCUUUUGUUUAUGCACCGUUUCAGCAGAGUGGAAAUUUUCACGGGCAAUAUGAAAUCCUUAGAUGAUUUAUUGCCGAGAUACAGAUCGACUAACAAGGAAUGUACUGUGUUCAUAAAUGAGACAAAUGCUUUUAUAAAUACUAUAAUGUAAAGUCCUAAGUUUCCCAAUCCAGUCUACUGCCUACAACAUAGAUCCUAGCUGUUUUUAUCAAAAUACUUGGUUACUACCAUAUAAAGCUUGGAAACAGGUACUACUGUAGUGGUCUUGGAAAAUGAUCUUGUCAUGUUUCAAUAUACUGUGUAUUCAGCAUACAAAUAUGACUGAAGCCUUUCAGAAGAUGUGCCUGGGCCCACUUAACUUCCUGUAUUUCAGUAGAGUCAGACAAAUCCACUGAGCAUCCUCAGUGAAACAGGGUAAUUUGUUUUAUUUUUUAUUUUUUUUUUACCAAAAUUGGUUUGGCCAAGCCUGGGCCUCGCUGUUAUGAUCUAUGCUAAUCGUUACACACUGGGAAGAUAUUUAAUGGUCAGUUGUGUGAGAAUAUCAUAGAUUUACAUGACUGAUUGGCUAUAUCAUAUACUGUAGUAAAAUUUGUUGAUUUGCCAAUACAAAAUAGUGAUUCUUGCUCAAUCAUAAUGUUGGUCGAUUGUACAGUUUAAUAAGGUAUUGGAGAAGAAGUUAUAUUUUUGGUGAAAAAUUUAUGUUAUAUUAAAAGAAAUGGUGUAUUAUCUUAAUGUACAAUAUAUGUUAUCAAGUUUAUUAUCUAGAUUAGAACAUAGAGAACAUAGAAUAUAAUAUAGUUAGUAAUAUUAAGUGUAAAUAGUAUUAACUUUUAAGGAAAAUAUUAUGAAGCUGUAUACUUUGUCACCUCAUCACAAAUGAUUGCAUUCACUCCUCACUGGUAUUUUCCUAAUUUCAUUCCGUCUUUUUCAUGAUCAUUGCGUGUCUUGAUGUUUGUGUUCUUCAUUUGACAUGUACAAGUUUGCCAGUCAAUAUUCUGCUUUCAAGUAGCCUGUGACUUAUUCUCAGAUGUUAUAUAAAGUAUGGUAUAAGUUUCA